AUGAGCGCAUCUGCUUCCUAUGCCAUCGAGGCACUCAUCGGUCCGUCUUCUCACCCUAUCUCUCCCUCCGGAUUCAUCCAAAGGUGCUUGUCCCAUUCUUCCUCUGCGGCGCGCUACGCCCACCGUGCGACUUCGUGGAGUGACCUCUCCAAUGAAACGAAACGUGCAAUAGAACGCGAGUGUAGUGUCGCCGACUUGGAAUCCUCUCUGAACCAAACUCUUUCAAGUCCAUUCCAAUACUCAUUUCUCAUCCGAAGCCACGAAGAUGCAAUUCAUUCAAUUCGAGCUGCGCCGCCGAAACCUGCGGACGCUAGUAGUCCCAGUCAAACCUUGAACCCUCCCAAAUCAAGUAACAGAAAACGAAAACGGAUUAGUAAACUACCAUCAUCUGGUACUUGCGGGGAAAUACCAACACAAUGGAAUUCCGAAGUUCAACAGUUGCGGAAUAACCUAGAACGAAUCGCACUGUCGUGCUGGUCUUAUCCCCCUGACGCCGCUUUCGUUACACGACCGCCCAAAAACUCAGAUCUCAAUACGCUAACAAAACCGAAAGCAUCAUGUUCUUCACAGGACCGAACAUCUCCGUCUUCAUCCGCACAUCCACAUCCACAAGGAGAAACCGAUGCUAUUUUAGUCAUAUCUAUUUAUAACCGUCUGUCCUGGGGUAAUCAUCUUUCCCGCUCUUCGCAACACGUUGUCCUCGCCUCGCAGACCCUAGGUGACUUGUACGACGUGAUUCCGUGUCCGUCGAAUGAAAUUCCUUCCGAGGAUGAUGAUAAUUCCGCCGACUUUGUUUCGCCGCCACACCGUGGUGCCGUUGUAUGUAUCGAAGGUGUUGUAUAUGGGGAUGGGAUGGCUGAGGUAGAUUACUCGGAUAAACUUCUCAAACAGAUAGAACUACUCCCAGAAAAGAAACGUCCACACCUAACAAAAGGCACCUGCAUGUACGACCAACGAUUCGCAGACCUCUCACUCCGCGUGAACCAAGCAUAUUGGUUACUCCACCAAGGCUCUUGUGAACACUUCCUCGUUGUAGAUAGUAUACGGAUGCUACAUCCCACUGACCCACCAUCCAGCUACCCUCUCACCACACACAUCGCACCACCAAUCAUAGACCUCUGUAUGUCCUGCAGCCGCGUCCCCGCUGCCCUAUCAAUCGUCAAUGACAUCCGACUCGGUCAAACGCCUUUCAAGAUCUGUAAAUCAUGUUGGUCUCAUUUCGGUGAACCAACCGCUCAAGAUCGAGAGGGAGUCUUGGUCGUUUCACUACCUAAAUACGAGCACGGAUGGUAA